AUGCAUGGACAAGCGGCCUCUGUGGCUUCCCAAGUCGUUGAUUUCGUCCGUCACCUCUCUUGGGUGAUUCCUGUGGCAGGUGUAGUCGUAUGCACCUUUGCAUUCAUCGUCUACCAGCGAUGGCUGUCGCCUUUGGCCAAGGUCAACGGACCGUUCUGGGCGUCACUCAGCCCGCUUUGGAAGUUACUGGCAUUCAACAACGGCAAUUUCCACGAGACAAUUCUGGCCCUGCACGAACAAUACGGACCCAUCGUCCGCAUCGCGCCGAACGAGGUGAUUAUAUCUGACAAGUCGGCGAUUCGCGAGAUAUACAACACCGUCCAAGGCAGAGACUUUUUGAAGACAACAUACUACGAUGCGUUUACCGCCUUCCGACCGACCAUUUUUGGUCAAAGAGACCCGUAUCUGCAUGCCCAGCGCAAACGCAUCGUGUCGCACGGGUACAGCAUGAAUGCACUCCAGUCCAUGGAGAAGUUUGUCCAGGAGCGUCUCCAGAUCUUUAUGAGCAAGAUGUCGGCGUUUGCAAAGUCUGGAGCUGAGGUCAACCUGGGGAAAUGGUGCCACUUCUUCGCCUUCGAUGUGAUCGGAGAGUUGGCGUUUAGCGAGGGAUUCGGCAUGCUCGAAACAGGAGUCGAGGACGAACAUAUCCGUCUCAUCAACAACCAGAUGGAGUUUGGGUCGACGAUUGGAAUGAUGCCGUCCCUGAUUCCAUAUACCAAAUGGACCUGGCUGCCCAUUCCGUGGCUGCAGAGUCUGCAAGCGGGUCGUGAGAGGUUGAAGGAGCUCACGAGGUCUCGCGUCGAACGGAGACAGGAGAAAGUCAGCGACCGGAAAGAUCUUCUCGGCAGACUCAUCGAGGCCAAGGAUCCGGUGACCGGUCAAAUGCUCGACUCGAUUGAUUUGCGGACCGAAGCUUUCUCCAGCAUCGUCGCGGGGAGUGACUCCACAUCGUCAGCCCUGAGCUAUACCUUCUAUCACAUUCUCGGCCAUCCCGCCGUCUAUGAAGCCCUGACCAAGGAGCUGCGAACCGCGUUUCCCGAACGCGACUACAAAACCGACGAGACACCCCCGACAUAUGCCGACUUUGGCAAAUUGCCGUACCUGCAAGCCGUGAUCAAGGAGAGUCUGCGACUGACUCCCCCGGCGACGAUCAACCUCCCGCGGUACGUGCCAGAGGGAGGGCGUGUCGUUGCCGGGACGUAUUUCCCUGCCAAGACAAUCGUCGGAAUGUCCGCCCUGCCGGUCCAUCUGAACCAGGAGACGUUCGGUCCCGAUGCUGCCAUGUUCAACCCCGACCGCUGGGUUCACGGGUCUGGCGGGAUCACUCCCGAAGAGAUGCAGCGGUACUGGAUGCCCUUUGGCCACGGGUCGAGGCAGUGUAUCGGCAAGAACGUCGCCAUGAUGGAGCUGGUCAAACUCGUCGGCACACUCCUGCUGUACUUUGACGUCGAGCUUAUCACCUCCGACACCAACACCGCCAAGAAAUUGCCCGAAAUCCCUGUGUCGAGAAGUUUCUUCUUUGCCAGGAUCAGGGAUCCGUUGAUGGUCAGAAUUCGCGAGAGGGGGUCACGGUAG